CGGCGCGAGCACCGAGUCACCCCGGGGUUUGAAGGCAGUCAGGCAACUCUGCCAGGCCGCAGCCACACGGUGUCAAGGCAUCCGAGGGUUUGCUGCUGACCACUCGCUCCCUCCUCCGUGCCUGUUCCUCCUUCUCUCCAUCGCCGGCUUAGUUUCUUGUUUCUGUCUUCCACCCUCACUCCUUCCUCCCUUUCCCCCCCUUGAGGACUCGAGCGACUCGAGCUUUUCCAGUUUAGUCGUCGGUUGAUUCGGUCAACGAGAGUUGUGUGCUCGGUGGAGGUUACAGUCUGUCGUCUGCUCGGCGGCUGGUGCGAGUUGCGGACUUGGUCCCCCCCAUCACCCUCUCUCUCCUCCCCCACCCCCCGUGUCAGGCAGAUUGUUUAAACGACGGAUUUUUCCUUUUCUUCGGGUACCGACGGCCGGCGUGCUGCCGGACACCCCGUCCUGUAUCAACACAACAUGGUGGCCAACUACACUCCCAGGCAGACGGAGAGCACGUUGAAUGGAUUGUACAUCCCCAGCAUCACAGAUACUUUAGAAAACAAUGGACCAGGAUCUGGAGGUAUGCCGGGUGGAAUGUACAUGGGUCACCCACCACCUGACAUUAAACCUGAUCUGGCCACAUUGAACUCUCCAACUUCAACACAUGGGCCAUAUUAUGGAUAUGGUCCAGGUGGUUCAAUGCCGGGUAUGCCUCCGUCUACACAGCCCUCACCUGGAGUACCUAACAUGUCCUCAGGAAUGCAUUCACCCACCUCCUCCUUGGGCUCCCCUCCCAUGAUGUGCCUCUCCCCUACAGGCCCCUCCCCUUCCCCAGGGAUGCCACACUCCUCACUGCAUAACAAGCACAUUUGUGCUAUUUGUGGUGACAGAGCUUCAGGCAAACAUUAUGGUGUCUACAGCUGCGAGGGCUGUAAAGGAUUCUUCAAAAGAACUGUGCGUAAAGAUCUGACAUAUGCAUGUCGAGAUGACAAAAACUGUAUGAUCGAUAAACGACAGCGGAAUCGCUGCCAGUACUGCCGUUACAUGAAAUGUCUUCAGCAAGGCAUGAAGCGAGAAGCCUGUCUGUCCACUGCAGCUGUGCAAGAGGAGCGCCAGCGUGUCAAGGAAAAGGGCGAUGGAGAAGUGGAAAGCACCUCUGGUGCCAACAGUGACAUGCCAGUGGAGCAGAUCUUAGAGGCUGAGCUUGCUGUGGAACCCAAGCUUGAGACUUUCAUUGAUACACAGAAACAGAGAGAUCCUGUGACAAACAUCUGCCAGGCAGCUGACAAGCAGCUAUUCACUUUGGUUGAAUGGGCCAAGCGAAUUCCUCACUUUACUGAACUGCCUCUCGAAGACCAAGUCAUCCUGCUAAGGGCAGGGUGGAAUGAGCUGCUGAUUGGCGGCUUCUCGCAUCGUUCGGUUGCUGUGAAGGAUGGUAUCUUGUUGGCAACUGGUCUUCAUGUGCAUCGUAGCAGUGCUCAUCAGGCUGGCGUGGGCACUAUUUUUGACCGAGUGCUGACUGAGCUGGUGGCCAAAAUGCGCGAGAUGAAGAUGGAUAAGACAGAACUUGGGUGUCUGCGAGCCAUUGUCCUCUUUAACCCAGAUGCCAAGGGCUUGUCUGCAGUAUCAGAAGUUGAGCAGCUUCGCGAAAAGGUUUAUGCUUCGCUGGAAGAAUACUGCAAGACACGCUACCCUGAUGAGCCAGGACGCUUUGCCAAGUUGCUGCUGCGUCUUCCUGCCUUGCGCUCAAUUGGCUUGAAGUGCCUGGAGCAUCUUUUCUUCUUUAAGUUGAUUGGGGACACUCCCAUAGACACUUUUCUCAUGGAAAUGUUGGAAAGUCCUUCUCCAUCCACAUAGAUGUGCAUAGCUGGAAAAUGCCCUUGUGACCUUUGUGUUUUUGUUUAAUAACUUUUUUGAGUGGGAAGGGGAAGGGCUUGAAAGGUUAAAUUUUGUAGGGCAGCAUCCAGGACUUAAUGGCUACUAUUGAAAGGCCUGUGGACAUAAGCCAGCACCUCUUGGCUGCACAAGACUGUUUUGUGACUGGGACAUGCAAUGCUAGUUCUGUGUACAACACUGUGUCUGGCUAUGCAAAGGAGCAAAAGUAUCACAAGCCCUGCGAUUGGUUUCUAGCUUGUCUGCUUCUCACCAUCUUUCAAGCGUGACAGUUUUGGAUGUGCAUCAGGCAAGUUGUUUGAAGAUAAUAUAGUAUCAUCUUCAAGCUUUCUGUGGUACAGUUCAACACUUUUACUUUGAACAUAAUGCUUUUGAAACUUGCUGAUUAGAGAAGACGCACUUAGAUGCGACCUCAAGCAUACAGAGAAGUAUUAGGCUUGAUAAAAUUUUCUGCCACUUCAUUGUUUACAGCAUUGAUUCUAACAACAUAUAGGUUAUAAGAAAAUUUAUUCUUUUACUUCAAGUAAGAAAAAAUAAAUAACUUAGAGCAAAUUCUAGUUUUACAGAAGAAAGCUUUUAAAUAGGUACUUAGCUUUGUGUAACCAUGGCGAUCUUGAUGGUUUUAUGAGCUGCCUGUAUGGCUUGACUGCAUGAACCACUGAUUGUCUCUGCUUCUUGUUAUCUAUGUGUAACACACACCCCCUCCCCUUGUGGUUGUGGCAAACUCAAAGGCGCUUUUGUAUCACACUAAAUACACAUUUACAUGACAGCAAAGGGUCACCGCAGAAAAUUGCAAAGUGAGUUAUCAUUUUUUUUCUUGGGUUCUCCCCACCCCAGUUUCGCGUAUUUUCUCCAGCAUGAGUAGUAAAUUGAUUCAGAACAUUCCCAUCAGUUAUCUUUUUUGCAUUAGCAAGAGUAGAGAAAGCAAGGAUGAACUCUGUUUCUUUUGAUUUUAGUUUAUCAGUUGAAUUUUUCAUAGAGCAUUUACAUUUCAACUUUUAAACCAGUGCAGGUGUUCCAGGAACAGAAGACAGGUAACUUCAUCAGACACUUUGUCACCUGUAACCUGUCCAGAUAAAUUUUUCAAAUUUUAGCUGUUUUUUUUCCCCAUUGUGUUUAACCUAGAACAGUUGCCAGGAACUUUAUCAAGCCCUUUGUGUGCCAAUUGUGUGGUGUAUUAAGUGCCUCAAGUUUAAAAAUCUGCAUGUUUUAUUAAAAACCACAAAAUUUCGCUGAUUCUCAUAUAAUGUCUACUGUAGAACAUAGCUACACACUUGCACAUUCAACCUCUUUGCCUUAUAUAAAUCAUAAAAUUGUAUUCUUAGCACUAAGUUGUCUUGGCAGUCUUUAUUGUUCAGUGGUAAUGGCAGUAAGACUUAAACAGCAGAUCUUACAUUCUUCUGAAGAGAAGACCUUUAGGAGCUGACUCUUGGAUAUUCCAUGUAGAGUUUAUUUUUACUCCAUCAUGUAGAAGAAGGUUGCACAUAUUUUAUUCGCUUUUGUCAGUUAAGAUUCUUUGCAUUCUUAAGUGUUCUGUUGGUGCAGGUGAGAUAUUUGCCCUGUGCAUAAAACUUGCACUCUUUGGCAGGAUGCAGAAAUCAGUCAUGUUAGCAGAACAGAAAUGCAUAAAGAGUAUGUGCUAGCAUGAUUUUGUGUGUAUGCCUGCUUAUGAACUCAGAGUGCUUGUGAAUUUAUGUCGAUGAAGUUUCUAGGAAAUAGCUGGGUUAUACUGAUGUAAGGGUGGAGGCUAAAUAUUGUGAUUUCAGUCUUUAAAGUUUCUUGUUUAAAGGGGCAUGCAGGUCUGCUGCUUUUUUUUUUCAAAACCCAUUCCCCAUAAAUUAUGGACAGUGCUUGAAAUGUUGCCCUUGGUAUUUUGUUAUGAAAAUUUUUGAUAAUUUGAGGCCAUUGGUUUUGGGAUGUUCAUUAUGUUCUAUCAAAAUUGUGGAAAAGUAACAGCUGAGAUGAAAGCAUUUGGCAUCUUGAUGCCAUUAAAGUUUUGAAGCAGACAGGGCUAGGUCACCCCUGGCCGAUGCAGUGGCCGUGGAUUUAGCUGCUUUGUUACAAACUCAUUGGGAUUGGUGCAGAAAAUGUUAGAUUAUUAGCUUUCUUUAACAGCAUAUAUGAACCAGUAUCCCCUGCUUGUGAUAAAAAAUGUAAAAGGACUUUAUGAUUGGGAAAGUUCUCAGUAGUGCACACAUGGUGGACCUCGAUCCAGCCCAAGGUAAGUUGGGCGCCUGUCACUAAUACAGUGAGGAUUGGCUAUUCUAGAUUCAGAUCUCAACUCAGGCAUGUUCUUUUUAUGUGGUGCCUUUAUACAGGGCCGGCUGCUUAGCUGUGACAUAGCUUUAGUUGCUGAUGGUGUAUCACCAAUCUCCACUCUCAUCCUCAAAAGAAAAUGCAACCUUCAUGAUUUCACCAGGUUGGGAUAAAAACAGAAAGAACCAUGUUUGAUUUUACAAAGGGGGAGCUGAAUAAGACCAAAAAUUGUUUUCCCAUGUAAAUUUGUCCAUACCAGUUUUCUUGGAAUGUUUGAAAUGAACCAACUUGCUAAAUCAGUACCUGUCCUGCCUACCUCCCUUUCCUUCAUAAGCAGUGACUGCAGCAGUUUCCAGUUGUGACAGAAAAUAAAUCAAGUGUAUGCAGAAGAAUAUAGAAUUUGUGUUAAAAUUUGCUUCAUUGAAUAAAUCUGAAGAAGCCAAUUCUCACAAGAUGUAGUUAAGGACACAUUGCGCUGUUUCCUUGUUACAUGUAUUUUAGCAUGUAUACAAAAACUGUAUGGUUAAGUGGUGGGAAAUGCGGAAACAGUUUCCAGAUUAGAUUGAGUGUAAAAAAUGUACAGGAGAGCCAGAAAUGAUAUUUACACAAACCUCAAUAUUUUCUGACCCCCCCCCCCCAAAAAAAAAAAAAACCCUGACUGAAGUUAAAGCAGCAUUACUUAAAAAUUAAAUCCAAGAGAGCAGUGACUCAUUAAAAUGGGGUCAGUGGCCUCCAUGUACAAGAGGAGCCCUAUCACAAACUAUGAUAAGGCUGAUGAUUGUCUAAAGUAGUGAGAUCACUUAACAUUUAUCUGUGCUGCCUGAUGCACAAACUAUGAUCCUUUUUAGAUCAUUUGUUGGUAUGUUGGGGAGAUAGUUUGUAUGAGAGAAAUACAUAUGCAACAUCUGUAAUUCUUUGUAAACUAGACUAGGUAAAUUUAUCGAUACAAUAUAGUUUUUCAGCUAUACUUGCACCAGGAUUCCAUGAAAUCAUCACAAGGAAAGCAUUUUAGAAAACAUAUCUUGCAUGUAGAAAAUUUUCAGUGGUUUUUUUUUUUUUCAUUUGUCUGGGGUGUUUUUAAAAGGAAAUUCUGAAGACCUGUAGAUUUCUGUGGUUUAGAGUGUGUCUUCAGUUUGCAGAAGAAAAAGCUGUUGGUGGCUGUCUAAAUUUUCACCCUUAUUUUGGCGACUAAAAUUUGUGCAAUUUAGUGGCAUGCAACUGGGUUUUUAGAUAAGUUAUUUUCUGGUUUUAGCAAAGAGGCUGCAUAUACUGUUGAGAAUAUAGCAGUUUUUCUUUCAAGGACUGUUAGCAGGUUUGUGCAGACUAUUCUUAAUUGCAGGACACCACUACUGUAUUCAGGUUUUGUGUAGGCCAUUGUGAUUUACAUGAUAAAAGUUUCACAUGCAGUUUUGAGCAAGAUAAAAGUUUGUUUUUGUUUUUUAAUGUUUUUUUCAAAUGGAGGGGGGCAAAAUAUGUUUUUUAAUGUUUAUUUGAGGCUAAGAAUGUGUUUUGUUACAGAUAAAGUACUGAUUUUUAAACUGACAAGCACCUAAACCAGUCUAAUAUUUAGAGAGAUUGUGAUGCAUUUUUGGGGGGUCUGGAGGCUUAGGGAUGGCUGGGGCUUAGGUGAGUGGCACCUAAAAAGGUUUAGGAUUGACUUGCAGAUAACCAUGCCACUUUCAUUUGUUUCCAUCUCCAACCAAAACCAUUGUGUAUUUGUGACAUACUGAAUUAUUACAAUCACUUGCAAAGGUUGUGUCGCUCGUUUAUCUUAACACACAUCGCCAUAUGCUUCUCUCAUAUGCUAGCUACCACCGAAGAACUUCAAAUUCAAAAAUUGUGCUAUGAAAUAUAUGUCGUGACAAACGACCUGUGAUGGAUUUGGGAAUGUGCUGAGCAUUGGUAAUCUAGCAUGUCGGUCAUAGUUGUAAACUACACAAGGUAAAUCAGCUACUUCUGACUGUCUCAUCAUCCUCAUUGAAUGUUCUUCUGGAAAAGUGGCCGUUACAGCUCAUUUAAGUAAACUCACCUCUGUUCCAGAUUCGUAGAGACUUGAAGCUAUUGUAUUUUUAUUAUUCAUAAGAUACAAUGAUGAAUCUGUUGCAGUUAACAGUCACAUGGAUUUUAUCCAUUCUCAGUUUGGACUUUAAAAAGUACAUGUAAAGUAGUUGCUCAGAAGUGUUUAUUAAAAUCAUUUUUAAGAAAUUAUUCCGUAUACCAAUACAUUUUCUUGCUGCAUUUGAAAUUUUUUAAUUUAAUCUUGAUUUUAAAAAAUUGUCACUUCACAUGCUUAUGUCCAAUUUGGAGAGCGAUUGUAAGUGGUACUAUGGUGUGGAUAUGUUAUACAGCAUGUUCAUCUUUGUAUGGAGGGUAUUGUAGUUAAUAAAAUGUAAUGUGUGCAUUCGCUGUUUAAUCCACUUAAAGCUUUAACAUGCAUGUGAGUGGUAGGGAAAGAAUAUUUUUUGUAAGAGGUGAGAGAAAAAAAAAUACUAUUGUUUCAUAUUGGAUCUUAUGAUGGGAUCCUAGUCUACACUCAAGAAAGAGAAGCAAUACAGUUGAUUCCUGAAAUAAGGCAUUUUCAAAAUUUGUUAUUAAGUGCAGGAUUUGUUAAAAAAAUAUUUUGAUUAUUUUUUAAAUCCCUUUUCAUUGUAAUCAGAAUGCUAAAUUAUUAGACCAGUAAAACUGCGUAGCAUGGCUGCUUUGAUAAAGAAUAGUGUGAAGAAAGCACUCUCAGAUAUCUCGUUUCCAUGUCAGAUACAAUCUGUUGACAAGCUUAAAGCAUGUGAGGAAACCAUGGCAACAGAGACAAGAGAAGCUCAUCUUCAAUGUCAGGGAACUUACUGGGAAACUUUCUGAAGAAUUUCUUUAGUGGCACAGACCUCUGCUGCUGGUUAAAACUGCCUGUGUAUCAGACAGUUGAUCUAAGCUCCAAAAUACGGGAGAAUUUCUAGGUUUUCUUUUAUAAAAAUUUUAUUAUUGUCUCAUAGGAAAAAUGAUUAUCUUUUUUAAUCCUUCUCCAUUUAGUACAAGAAAAAUUAAUUUUUUGAAAAAAAUUUUGUAUAGGCUGUAAUUAAUCAUUUUUUAUAACGUGGCUUAGUUUCUGAACUGUUGUGACAUACAGUUGUUUAUAUGACUGAACUUUUUGUUUUUGUUGCUUGAUAUUUCAAGCAACGUCUUAAUUUUAGAAACAAGAUUUGUAAAAGUAAAGCAGGAUUUACUUAAGGAAGACAAUUAUAAUAUUAUUUCUGUUUAUUGUUAUUGCCAUAUGGAUAUUGUACUUGAAAGAUCCCUUUGGCUUUGCUUUAUUGAGAUUUGUGUGUUGCUGAUGACAGCCUUUUUUUCAUCAGACGUGGUAGUAAAUACAACAGUAAACGGAAAUUGUACGUGCUGGGCCCAUGAUUCUCACUGUCAUGGUUACAAGUGCUUUAUUACUGUGCCACUGGACCACAUUAUGAAAAUAAUUUAUACUUCAUAAUGCAUAUCAUUAAAGAAAAGUGUUACAUGAUGUAGUCAUUCUAAAGCUCAUGACAUUGUUUUUGAAGGUCUUAAAGUGUCUUCUCAAAGAGAUGUCCUGAAAUAUAAUUUUGCCCCCUCCUGUAACAAAAAUAUGAUUGAAAAAUGAGAAUUAGAUGUUUUGCCCCUCUCCCCAUAUCCAUAAAAGUAAAAUGAGUUAAGUUUUUUUUUUUAAAAGGAUCUCUGCAGUAUUUUUGUUGAAUGUGUACUGAUAGUAAAUGUUGACACCAGAAGCCAUCUAAUAGGUGAUAUCGGUAUAUAUAAGCUUAUAUCAUACCUUAAGUCUUACAUGUUGGUGCCUUGUCAGUCUCCUUGUGAGGAAAAGUACCAUAUUUACUAACUUCUUGUGUGUUAGUACAUAAUCUGAAAAUAGUAGUAAAGAAACAGAAUUAGUUCACUAAUGAGUAGUUUUCUUGCCACUUGAUUUUUUAUUUACAGCUUGAAGAAAUGACUUCCAUGGCAGGCAUUUAAAUAAGUGUCUAGUAGUCAAAAACUUGUAGAUAUGGAGAAAAUUAGAAGAAAAUUCACCUUAUUAGAAAAUGUGUCUUGAUUGUUGUUCCUGACCAGUAUGCAGGAAAAAACUUGGAAUUUGAGUGGAUGUCAGGAUGGCAGCAUUUAGGUCUUGUACAAAGCUGUGUAAGAGGCAGUCACUUGAGGCCAAUGGCCAUCAAUGUUCACAGAUACGCAUCAGAAAUCCCAAGGUGGUGAUGGCAAGUGUAUUGUUGAAUGUUUUUGCAUUUGUAUAACCAUGUUCUACAGGACUGGAAGUUUAUUAGAGGAGUGUCAGUGUGACCUGCAGAGCUUAAAGUUAGUGUCAGUGACUUUCAUCAUGAAACUUGCAUGUUUUGGUAAACAACUACAGUGGGUUAUUUUUUCUUUUUAUCUUUUCUUUUUACAUCUUAGCGUUUUAUGUUGAGAUUACAUGUCCAUAAUUUGCUUUAAAUAAGACACCUCAGCUACUGGAGAGCUAAAGCUAGGAACGUACUUCUGCACAAAUUGACAUGAAACAUUUUGCAAGAUUUCAGCCUGUCUUGUCCUAAGAAUAUACAUAUUAUAAGGUUGGGUUGUUUUUUUUAAAAGGAAUAUGAAACUGUUCUAUAAACUAGUUUUUAUAAAGUCCUCAUCAAUCAAGACUGCAUUACUUAUCUGCAGUCAGCUCGACUGCAUUUCUUUGGUUACAUGCCUACAGAACCAUAGCAUUGCUAUGCUGGUACUCUCCGUGGGUUCACAAACUACCCUCAGCAGUUGUGUGCAGUUUUAGUUUUUCAUUUACCGGUGGAAGAAUACACAGAGCAUAAAUCGUAACUUAAAUAGUAAAGCAAAUAUUUGCACUGUUGUAUUGGCUGUACCUGGAGACAGCCAUCUGUACAGUAGAAAGUUUGGUGACGUGUCUGCUACUCGUUCAUUGUUAGCUUCAGCCAUGCAUCAUUUCUCUGAAACAGAGCAUCAGUUACAUUGCUCGUUUCUUCGCUAACAUAACUUUUUUUUGUAUAUGUAUCAUUCUUCUAAUAAAUGCCACAAAUUGUAAAA